GAGUCCUGAAGAAGAGGAAGCGCGUUUUACCACAUGGGUGUUUGUGUAUAGGAAGAGAGGAGUGUAAACAGAUUAAACAGUUUAAAGAUGGUGAAACAGAGCUCAAAUAAACCCGGAAACUCUACUGAUCAGCAGAAGAAGGACAGAGAUAAAAGGAAAAUGCAGAGGAAAGAUGUAAAACCCAGACCAGAUGAACAUCUGGAGCAGAUACCUUUUCGACUUCGUGAAAUUAUGAAGAGUAAAGAGAAGAUGAAAAUGGGAUCCAAGAAACUGAAGAAAAUGAGAACCACCCCCUUCAAUGCACAGACAGAAACAUCUGAUGAUAUUCCAGUUCCACACUUCCGCAGAGGGAAGCAAGAGUCUGAAUCUGCGUACCUGAAGCGCAUGUCUCGAGAAACAGAGCAUGUUCUGUUCCUCACCAACAACCAAAGCGAGAGACAGCCUGAGCUUCACCUAGAAGAGACGGAAACGAAGUCAAACAAACAGAAGUCUGAAAAAAAGAAACUGUUUGAUAAAGGAAGACUGGAACGGCUACAUAAGAAGAAGCUUAGUCAAAAGGAGGAGAAAGCUGAAAAGGAGAUGUUUAAAGAUGAAGUACAGUUUGGAGAGGUUGCUAUGCAACCUCCUGCAUUAACUGCCAAACCCAGGAAGGCCCCAGGGAAAUCCCAGGGGGCAUCCAAAGACCUUCUUCUGAAUUCUCUACUUGGCCAAACAGCAUCAACAGUCAAGCCGUCUAUGGCCAGGCAAAGGAUGAUGGAAGAAGAGCGUGAGAGGGUGGUUCAGGCAUACCGGCAGCUGAAGAAGCAGAAACAAGAACAACAAGAGAAACAAAAAAGCAUGAAGAAGAAAGGUUUUAAGUGAAAUUAAUCCCUAACUGUGAACACAUUAUAUUUAUAUUUUUAUUGGCAGCAGCUGGAAUGUGAGGAGAAAUUCAGUGACUGUAAAUCGCUGACCUCAGCUCAGCAGUUUGGGACUGCCGUUGGCAAGAAGAACACCUGCAGCAUUGUUUUCCACCCUAAACACUAUAUAAAUUUUAUCAGUGAUGAGGUGAAAGAACAAACAUGAACAUGGUCCUGUUUAUAAUUGAUGAGAUGCUGAAAUAUAAUGAUUGUUUUUAUGAUUCAUGUUGUCAUGUAGAAUCUUUUGACUAAGUUAUAAUUUGACUGAGUUAUAAUAAAUGGGGCGUUUUCAGCACUUGA